CUUUAUAUUAUUUCUCUUUUAGAAUUACAUUUAAACACAUUUUAAAAUGCAGUGCUACCCAAGUUUUAGAAUUUCUCGCACAGAAACGAUGUUUGGUGGGCUAAUUUUGUUUCUAAUGAUAUUAUAUCUAAAAAGUACAUUUACUCCAACUGAAGUAGUUGUACCAGCAUCGAAGGUCGAAUUUCAAACUGUAAGUUUAACAGAACUACUGGUUGCUGCUAUUGAGGCUGCUGAACGUGGUGGAAACAUGGUUCGAAAGGUUAAAGAGGAGAAAAAGUUGGAGGUGAAGAGCAAGGGUAAAACGUUUGAAGGUGCAGAUGAUCCUGUUACCUUGGGUGAUAUGAUGUCUCACAAACAAAUGUACUACAGCUUGCUACAGAUGUUUCCAGACCUACAUAUUGUAUCAGAAGAGAAGUCAAAUGAGCUUCCAGAUCUGAAGGACAUUAAACCAAUUGAUCUCAGUACGAAGGAAGUAGAAAAACAUUUAGGCAGUUCGUUAAAUUCUGAUGCUCGUAUUCAAGAUGUUGCUGUAUGGAUUGAUCCAUUAGAUGCAACUAAGGAGUACACCGAAGACUUGACAGAGUAUGUUACUACGAUGGUGUGUGUGGCACAUAAAGGUGAACCAAUUAUUGGUGUGAUUCACAGACCUUUUUUAAAGCAAACAAUUUGGGCAUGGGUUGGCCAUGGACGAUCAGAUGUACCAGAUUAUCAAACCAGUGUCAAGGAUGUUCAUACGAACGAUAUGAGAAUUAUUGUCUCCCGUUCGCAUGCUGGUGCGGUUAGCCAAAUUGCUAAAAAGUCAUUUGGAGAGAGCGCUCAAGUGAUUGCAGCAGGCGGGGCUGGAUAUAAAGCCCUGAAGGUAGCUCAAAGAAAUUUCCACGCUUACAUACACACUACAGCUAUAAAAAAAUGGGACAUAUGUGCAGGAAAUGCGUUACUCAAAACUAUGGGCGGGGACAUGACAGAUUUAUUAGGAAGACAAAUCGAUUACUCAUAUCCAAUGCAUGGCCGAAGCGCUGUAAAGUUAAAUAAAGGACUUCUAGCGACCUUUAAAGACCAUAAACUUAUUUUAGAAAAAUUAGAGGUUGAGAAGGACCCACACGAUUAACUAGAGAAGCAUGUAAAUAUUUUGGGGUAGAUAGGUGUACAUACAUUUUGUUGCAUUUUUGUAACUUUUGCACUAGACGGCACGCAAGCUUUUUAAUUAUAUUUAAAUAUUUCUAUUUGUUAGCUUAAUAUAGAAGUGUAAAAUA